UUGAUGACCAAGCACCCUGGGAAGCGUCUGGGCUGUGGUCCGGAGGGGGAGCGAGACAUCAGGGACCACGGGUUCUUCCGCUAUAUGGACUGGGACAAAGUGGAGAACAAGGAAGUACAACCGCCAUUCAAACCCAAAGCUUGCGGGCGCGAGGCAGAGAACUUUGAUCGUUUCUUCACCCGCCACCCCCCAGUCCUGACCCCCCCAGACCAGGAGGUCAUCAUGAACCUGGACCAGGAAGAGUUCCAGGGGUUCUCCUUCGUUAACCCAGAGUACCCCUCUGUUACUGAGGAGGAGGCUGCAGAGAGCUAGGACACACACACUCCUCAACCAUCACACACACACACUCCUUAACCAACACACACACACACACACACUCCUUAACCAACACACACACACACACUCCUUAA